AUUUUAUUGAAUGCUGCUUAUCUCACCGUAUCUCCCUCCACAAGUUUUCUCUGUCCUAACCAUUUUGUAACUGUUUAACAAACAAUUUUUUCCGGUCUUAACUGCAAAGACAGUUUCAUUUUAGUGGAAGUGAGAGACACAGGUAGAGAGAUACAAUGGCAUCCUCCACUUCUCAUCUCUCUGCUAUCCCUCAACGUCUCUCUUCAUCUUCUAAAACCUCUCCUCCUCACUUUCAUAACUCCAAAGCAGUUCGGAUUCGAGUAAGAUCAAGUUUAGAAGACGAGAACUGCAGGUCAGGAGUUUCCCAAAAUUCAUUGGACUCAGUCAAGAACAAGGAUUCUGAAGCAUCAACAUCAAGACGCUGGUGUGUUGCUUGCUUAUGUUCAACUAUGACACUGAUUACUAAUGGUGGAAACUCGAUGUUCAUCCCAAAGGCAAUCGCUUUAGACGGAAAGGAAAGGGCUGUAUGCCGGAAUUGUGCAGGCAGCGGUGCUGUACUUUGUGAUAUGUGUGGUGGUACAGGAAAAUGGAAAGCUCUCAACAGAAAACGCGCUAAAGACGUUUAUGAGUUCACAGAAUGCCCUAAUUGCUACGGUCGGGGAAAACUUGUAUGUCCUGUUUGUUUAGGUACUGGUUUACCAAACAACAAAGGUCUUCUAAGGAGGCCGGAUGCACGGCAAUUACUUGAUAAGAUGUAUAAUGGUCGGCUAUUGCCUAGGUCUUGAGGUGGAUGAUCCCCCUGAAAUGAAAGGCCAUGGAAGGAUGGUCUAGAAAAUGAUGUGCAUGCAAUUUUUCCUGUGUCAGGUUUCUCUGCCAACUAAAACUUUUUUUGGAAAUAUUGCUGUUAGGGUAUUUUGAUAGUAAGAUUAUACCAAAAAGAUGAAUGAAAACAACAACGGUGUAUAGUCUGAAUGUUAUUUCAUGUCCAGCACAUAUGGGAAGCUUUUUUUAUUUUAAAGUAGCCCUAGAAAUGAGCUAAGCUUUGAUUGGUAAACAUGAUGUUUUCCUCAGAACUCAGAUCAAUCUGAUGACAGUGAACGAUCUUUCUUUCCAUUUGAAAUGUAAUAUUUAUCCACAUUAUGUCACAAACUCAUUAAGAUAGAAGAGAAUUCAAGGUGCCUUAUCUCGUGCUUGUUCAUGGAA